AUGAUUCAGAUAGGUUACUAUGAUCCAUUCAAUGUGUACCCAUUGAUUCAACCCAAUAUAGAGAGCAAACUACCGUUGACAAAUCUACAUUGGAAAUUCCAGAGUACACUCAAGUCAAUUCCAAAAUUACCUGUUAAAUUUAUCGAAGAGAACCCAAGGAAAGUACAAAACGUCGAUGGUAAUAUUAUGUUCAUAACAUUCAAAGAGCUUGAAACUUAUAAAAGUCAAGUACGACCAUUGAUUAAAGAAUGGCUUAAGAUAGUGGGAGAAGAAUGGUUGAUUGUGGUGUAUAACCCAAAAAAGGAUAAACUAUUCAAAAUGUCUACAUUUGAGAAACUCCGGACUGAUUUUGGUAAGGAUGGUAAAGAGCUCCUAAAACAUAAGUCAGAUGAUAAAGAAAGAGUGUUCAGACUCAAGGAAACAAACGACAAUGAUUUAGAAAAGUUGGAAUUGUAUAAUGAUUUCAUUAAUCACUUAAAAGAUAUCAUAUUGUCUUCAUAUUCUGGGAAAUUUCAGAAAAUCCAAUCUCAACUUAAAGAUUCUGAAUUUAAGGAUCUUGUGCAUGUAAAAUUGAUUCUAAGUCAACAGAAAUUAUACGAAAACCUCGGUCUCGUCAAAGACUCAUUAAUGGUAAUGAAUGAAGCAUCAAAGAUUAUGAAUGAAUUCACCAAGACCAAUAAAUUCGAUAUGUCUUUGAGUGUAAGGCUGGAAGAUAUUCCCUUCUUACUUAUAAAUUCAGAUAUUUUAGUGGAAAACAAUUUGUUUCGGUUGAAAUGGGGAAUGUUUCUGAUGAAGGCCAAACUCAUGUUAUCUAUGGUAGACGACGAACCACUCAAUUCAAUGAAAGUAAAGAUUUUGGCACAAUUAUUCCAGGAUUUAAUAGUUACCUUGAAUGAUUUAUCGAUUAUAUAUAAGAAUGAUAUACUGGAGUUCAAUUAUUUGGUGAGUGGGAAAUUUAUUAAGCUACCUGAUAUAGGAGAUUUAGUAGAGUCAGGUAUUGAUAUGGGAGAAUUGAACGAAAUCAAAGGAGAGUUGAAGCUUUUCCAAAGAUCAAUGAUUACCAAAUUGGGAGCUUCCAAAGGAUUUCUGGCAGGUUUGAAUGAUUUCCAUGAAAUAAAUUUGGAAGAUAAAGAAGAGAAAGAAUUUGGCAAUACAAUCAGUAAAAUAAAUUCCACUAUUUUAAGUAAUGAAGAUGCUUUCUAUACUUAUUUUGAAUCUAUCACAGAGUCUGCAAUAAGUGACUUUCUCGAUUGUAAUAGGACAAAAACCAUUGAUAUAUUGUCCAUCGACUUGGCAAUAAUCAAUUAUAAAAGACAAAAUUAUCAAAAAUGUCUUGAAAUCCUCAACAAUGCCUACGAAUUCUUGAUAGACAAUGGAUGGACUUAUAUGGGUGGUGUCCUUUUGACGAUUUAUAUUGAAUGUUUGGAGAAAACUAAUUCUAAUACCACCAAAUCGUACAUUAAAUUACUUUCGAAUUUGAGCAAGAGUCAUGACAAGAUUGAUAUCAACAAAUUCACCACAUCCACUGACAUAUUCAGCAAACUUUCUGAUGAGCAGAUGGAAGUCUCAUUGGAGGAGAUCUUCAAAGUCGAGGUUGACCACUAUAUCCAUUAUGAUAAUGGCUAUUACAUAGUAUUAAACCUUCAAAAUAUUUUCAAUGACACCAUACUUGACCUUAUAGAUUUGAAGUUAUCUGAAGAAUUGCACUUCACGGCUAAAGAUGUUCAAAUAAAAAAAAAUAACGAAAUAAGACUUUAUACUCAAUAUUUUAGCGAAGGCUUUUUCAAACCUUUGAGUCUAGUUAUACGAAAAGGCAACAUUAGAUUCACCAAAGACUUUAAGAAGUCAGAUAGUUUGAUAAAUCAAAAUAAGGACAAUUCUAUUUACUAUUAUCCUAUACCUGGAAGUCCCAUGGUGGAUUUAGAAUUUUGUUCGGAGUAUUUACUCGGAUCUCCUCAACUUCUGUUCAAAUUCAAAGAUGUCAAAUCGAGAGAUGUCCGCUUAAACAUUCUACAGUACGAGGGAUUCACAUUCGAUGAGUCUCUUUUAUCAUCGAUCACCGGAGAUUUUGAAGUGCCUAUAAAAAUCACCACCCCCAAAAUCCACAUAAAGGUUGAAAUGAUGUUUGAAGACUUCACAUAUCUCAUAGAUAAGAGCAUUGACACCAACUUGAUGAUAUCAGUAUCAGUGCAGGAUAUAUUCAGGACUGAGUCUAUAUUUUCAAGGUACCAAAUCAGUUCUUUAUCCACACCUAUAAGAAUCAAGGGAAUCAAGCUUCUUAACGAUAAUGACAACUAUACUGUCAAAAGACCAAAAUUUUUACCCACAGAUGUUAUCAUCACAGGAGAGCAAACAUUUUCUUCAUUCUAUGAAAUAGUAAUCCAGGAUGACUACAAACUUAAGCCCAAUGAUGAAUUCCGAUUAGAGAUCGACUACAGUUCAUUGAAUGACGAGAUGUUGGAAAUAUUAGAAGCUAGUUUGAAUUUAGGAGACAAGCUCUACUUAUUUCGUAAUUUGAUAGCCCCCAAGAUCUUGUUUGAUUUUAAGAGAUACAUUAUUCGUGGAGACGUGAAAUUUCACAACGUUGAUGAAAUUCAACAUAUUUUGCAUGGAAUAAAUAAGUUUUUACUCCAACCCAUUGAAAUAGGAAGUCAUUCAAUCAACACAGAGGAUAAAAUAGUUCCUACAAAAGAACCCAAGAGAUUACUUAUUGACGUUCCUAUCCCCAGCAUCGAUAUACUUCAAAUAAUAGAAUUCAAAUACCCUCAAAAGGUAAAAUAUAUUGUUGGUGAGCCAAUUGAAUUUGAAAUUUUUGUCGAGUUCAGUCAAAGAUGGGCUCAUAGCGAAGAUGAAGAUAUUUCUAUUUUGGCUGAAAGUUCAGUAAUCAAUGAAAACGAAAAUUUUCAAUUACUUCUCAUUAACGAUGACAACUGGUUGAUAUCAGGACAUAAGAAGAAAAAUUUCAAGAUGGAUGUGAAGAACCCAACAGUGAACUCAUUUAAAGUAGUUUUAAUACCGUUGAAUGUAGGUAGGAUUUUGUUGCCCAAAGUUAAUAUAAAACUUGAUAAUAAGGAUAUUUCAAUGGAUUUAUUAGUUAAGAAUGGGUCAGAGAGUUUAUUGGUUGUUCCAGAAUUGGAUACCAUCACAUUCACAUUCUAG